AUGACAUUACAAGAAAAGUCUUACGAGCACCAUAUUCAACUGGUUUCCGCUGCUUUGAACUCCGCAAAGCGCUACAAUGUGUCCAUCCAGACAAUCCAACUCAUCGAUCUAUCGCUUCCCAAUGAUACCCCAUGGCGACGACCACCACCACCCUCCCAUAUGUCUCUGGCCGUUCUUCUCACAGACCUGGUGGAGCACGCCUCGAGUGUACGGCUUCUCCGAAGUCACUCAGCUUUGGACUUGUUGUCGCAUGCCAAGCUGAACAUCCAUCAGCUAGAUUUGUGUUCGAUCAACGUGAAGCGAGUGUCUCUGGAGAACUUUCUUCACGCCAAUGCCGAGUCAAUACGCUCUCUCAGUUUUCGUGACGUUGAUGUUAUUGAGCCAAAUCGACUGGAAGGUGCUACUUUAACCCCAGCAUAUAUCCGCAGCAUGACCGAUGUACCAGUCAAGAAGACAAGCAAACUCUCCUGCCAGUGUUCAUUUCAAGAAGGAUGGAAAUUGUUCUUCGAUCACGAUGGUCCUCUUUCUGUUCCGAGGGUCACUAAAAGGAAACGGUGUGCCCAAUAG